UAUGUUAUUUAUGGAAUCCUAUAUGUGCUAUUGCUCAGUGCGUUUGGGUGUCAUCGUUGUGGCUAUUCUAACGAUUCUACGCUGCCUGUCCAUGAGCAUUGUGCUGUUUGUGUUGGGUGUUGCAUGUUUUGACCCCCUAAUCGAUAUAUUGGAGCACGAUGCGGACUAUAAGGAUCGCAAAAUGGUGCGCAGAUUAAUCAAUUGGAUAGAAAAUUCUCCUGAAAAUUUCCUAAUUUCGCUGCAGAUAAUUUUUUUACGCACACUUGCAGCUGCCAUUUUGAGUAUUUGGGGUUCAUUAAAGUUACAAAAAUGGUUGGUGCUGCCGUUGGCCUUUUUUGAGUUGGCUUACUUUUUACAGUUCACCAUUCAGCAUAUUUUCCUGAUGAUAAUGCUGAAAAAACAAAUCAAUUUGGGUUUGCUUAUUAUUCUUACCCUCAUAGGCAGUUUCUAUAUACUUUUUGUUGGCUACAAUGCCUUCACCUGUGUGGCCAUGUUCCAAGUAAUUUCGCUGGUGCGCAGCCCUCAGUAUCGGGAGCUUUAUGGCGAUGAUCCAUUUCAUCCGCUUGCCACGAGGUCGCAUCCACACAGGGACUCAUCGGUGCAACAGCUGCGUGUGCUCAAAAUGGACAAUGACAGCGACACGGACAUUGAUGAGCAGAAGCGUUUGUCCAAGCUGGGUCUGUGGCCGCGUCGCUAUCCACAGGUGGUAUCCGUAAUACCUGUACAGGCGCCAUAUCCACCGCUCAAGUGGUGGCAACUGCAGGCCAUGGACACGGGCCAGGACAAGCUGCAGCUGGACUCGUCGGCCGUCUAUCGUAACUGGCAGCAGGGGGAGCUGCUCAAUGGCGUGGGCGGUGAGGUGCAGCGAAAAAAUGCACUGAAUCGCCGCUAUGCGGAAAGUCAAAUGCAUCGAUGGUACUAG